GGGCACCAGUGUCGACAUAGAACCAGUUUCUCAGAGCUUAAGAUUGACUGACAUAGGUCCACUACUGCUAAAGAAAUGGAUUGUGUAAAGUAUCUUGCUCUGCUAUUCGCAUUAUUGUCCGUUUCCAUGGUUACCAUGGCAGAUGAUAGUAGUGAGGAUGUUGACGAGGACAAUGACGGCGCUGAGAACGAGGCUGAGGAGGAGGAAGCCACUACUAUCAUCGAGGAAACUCCAUCCGCCAGCUCAACAGUUAUACAGAGUGGCGGAUCAAAUGUCGGCUCAACAGUUGUGCAGACUGGCAGAUCUAAUGUAGUGGUUACCACAUAUGGAGCCGUACCAAAGAUAAACACAGAGUCUAAAUCUGCCACCAAAGCAAAGGCCACUAUUUCUAAAGUCACCAAGAAAGUUAACCGGAUCGUUGCGUUCCACCGUCAAAGAGCCACCUUUUACAAAUGUCAGACAUCCUGUCUUGUUGGCGCCAUUUCCUGCUUGAAUUCAUGCCGCAACGAAGGAGCCUACACAUUUUACAGAGAUCAGUAUAUGUUGUGCGGAAGGAAAUGUCGGUUCAGCCAAUACCAUUGUAAAGUGGGCUGCAAGAAUGAACUCAGACAAAUAAGGACCGAGCAGAUGCGAUCCCUUCGAGCGUAGACCUAAUUAUCCAUUUACGUAACUAUAUAACUCCAGCUACCACAAUCAAAGCAAGUGAUCUUUGCUCGUAUGAACGUGGCCUCAGGCCUCCAAAAUCAAUUCCAGAGAGAGGGUCUUGAACAAAAUUGACAAUUUACAUCGUCCUAUAUUUCUCGGUAAAGCAUUUUUUGUUCAAGUUGUCGAGUUAACCUGUUUCAGGGAUUUGAAGAUAAAACAUGAUGAAAUCAUUUGUAAAUGAUGCUAGCGUCUUUUGUGUGAAAUCCAUGUUGUUCAUUGUUUUUCUUUGUGUUUCCCGUUGUAUUCAUUUAAUUUAUUAUAUUAUUAAACCGGUUCUUAUCUUACUUGAA